AUGCAAAUUGACCGAAGAUCCCGUCCUUCUUUGUCGAUGGUUUUUCGAUCUCCGAUAAUGCUCGUGAAUGCUCGUGAAUGGGCCCCAACAGCAAUCGGAUAUUCGGUAUGGUUUUGCCUAUUUAUUGCCCUAUUGGUGUAUUAUCACGAUCACUUAUUAAAGGUGUUGUAUGUGCUGAGGUUCUCAUCCUCUCGACGUGAUCGUCUCUCAAAUGUCCAACAACGCUUACAUCGAUUUCCGUUCGGAGAUUCGAUCUCUCUCGCUACCGUACUCGCUUUCACAGAAUUUGGUGCUGCUUAUGUGGUUGGGUAUGCAUUGAUGGCCCAAGCGUUGAUCUCUUUAUUGUGCAUUUUCAUAUUAUAUUUCGUGAAUCGUCAUCGAACAAAGAUAUUGACGACGUGUGGUGGUGGAGAGCUCACUUUGAGAUAUCAAUUAGCUGAGAAUAUUAAAGCAAUGAAAGCUCUUAUCCCAUUUCUUUUAUUGGAUAAUAUGAUCACUUGGAAUGAUCAAUUAUUUGAUCUUCUUUUUGAAGUUAAUUAUUUACAACCACCAAUACUUUGCACAAAAUCAACGAAUAAUCUUCUUUUUCUCGUAUCAACAACGGUUAGUUUAAAGAGUGACUUGUUAUUGACAAGGAAA